AUGUGGGGCUGCCUGGUGGCCCUCGUGGGUCCGUUCUUCCUGGUGCGCUGGUACCGUGAGAGACAGGUGGUGAGCCAGUUGCAGGACAAGUAUGUCUUCAUCACGGGCUGUGACUCGGGCUUUGGGAACCUGCUGGCCAGGCAGCUGGACAUGAGGGGCCUGAGGGUGCUGGCCGCGUGUCUGACAGAGAAGGGGGCUGAAGAGCUGAGGCGGCAGACAUCGGACAGGGUGGAGACGGUGAUCCUGGAUGUCACACAGACGGAGAGCAUCACUGCGGCUGCCCAGUGGGUGAAGGAGCACGUGGGGGACAGAGGGCUCUGGGGACUAGUGAACAAUGCUGGCAUCCUUGGGUACUUGGUUCCCAAUGAGUGGCUGACCAAACAGGACUUUGUGGAUGUGCUCAACGUGAACCUGCUGGGGAUGAUCGAGGUGACUCUGAGCCUGCUGCCCUUGGUGAGGAAGGCCCGGGGCCGCGUGGUCAAUGUCUCCAGUGUCGUGGGACGUGUGGCAAUGUUUGGUGGUGGCUACAGCAUCUCCAAGUACGGUGUGCAGGCCUUCUCAGACUCACUCAGGAAGGAGCUUUCCCCCUUUGGAGUGAAGGUGGCCAUCAUUGAGCCUGGUUACUUCCAGACCAACCUAAUGAACUUUGCAAGAUACCCAGGAUCUGCACAAGCCUCUUGGGACCAGGCCAGCCCCGAGGUCAAGGAGAUCUACGACCAGCACUAUGUUGCAGCCUACAUUAAAGGCCCUUCAAUCCUUAAGUCCCUGGUUACACAGGACUUGUCCUUGGUGACUGACUGCAUGGAACACGCUCUGACUUCAAGCCACCCCCGCACCCGAUACUCCACUGGCUGGGACGCCAAGUUCUUCUACAUCCCUCUGAGCUACAUGCCCACCUGCCUGAUUGACGCCAUAUUCUGUUGGAUUUUUCCAAAGCCAUCCAAAGCCCUGUGAGGACCCUACUUGAUGGUGCAGAGCUGGGCAUGCUGAGAGCUAGAGUUGGGGGCAGAAGCUUGGGAAAGAAGAUGCAGUGCUUAGCUGUCCCCAGCCCUGCCUGCUGCUCCAGCCUUUCCGCAGCUCUCACCUGGUGCCAUGCAGUCUGGAAACAGCCCUGAGGGCUCACAACUUCAUGGCUCUCAAGAUGUAUCUGCACAGUGUGGGGGAGUGGCAGGUGCACAGAGCCUGCACCUGCUCUGCCUCCCUGGGUAGACAUGGCCUGUGCAGUCUGCACCUCUCAUAUUGAGGCAUGCCCCUGGGC